ACAGGCCAUGGAAACCAGUGUGAUCCCCACCAUCAACAGGCAACAACAAGUGAAGGAGCUGGUUGUGUCAGCCGGAAACAAUAUUGUGGUCACUUUGCCCAAAGAUGAGAUGGAACUGAAUAUUUUCGUGGUCCCAGCACCAUCUGCAGAAUCCUCCUACAAAUAUCAGUGGGAUUUGAUAAGCCAUCCUGAGGACUACAAGGGAGUAAUGGAAGGCAAAUACACUGAAACGCUCAAACUCACUCAGUUGUCUGAAGGUCUGUAUGUCUUCAGAGUUGCUGUGGUUGGAGACAAUGCGUAUGGAGAGAGCUUUGUGAAUGUGACUGUGGAGCCUGCUCCACGUGUCAAUCAGCCACCCGUGGCCAUCGCCUCACCCAAGGCACAAGACGUUUUCCUGCCGACAACAUCCAUCUUUAUCGAUGGCAGUGAAAGCACCGAUGAUGACAGAAUAGUGGAUUAUCGCUGGGAGGAGAUCAAGGGUCCCCUGCGAGACCAGAAGGCAUCAGCGAAUGUCCCCAUCCUGCACAUCUCUAACCUAGUCCUUGGUAACUACACACUCAGGCUCACAGUAACAGACUCGGAUGGGGUUGAAAACUCAACGACCGCUACAGUGACUGUCAUUAAACCCGUGGACUAUCCCCCGGUUGUAAAUCCUGGUCCGAAUCAAGCCAUAACCCUGCCCCAUAACAGCAUCACACUGAAUGGAAACCAGAGCAGCGACGAUUUCCAAAUUGUGGACUACGAGUGGUUGCUCAGCCCUAAUAGCAACGGCAAGGUGGUUGCAAUGCAGAAGGUGCGGACUCCUUAUCUCCAGCUGUCUGCGAUGCAGGAAGGAGAUUACACGUUUCAGCUCACACUCACUGACUCUGCCGGACAGAAAUCGUCUGCCGAGGUCACUGUUAUUGUCCAGCCGGAGAUUAAUAGCCCCCCAGUAGCAGUUGUUGGUCCUGACAAGGAAUUAAUAAGGCCAGUGGAAAGUACCACUCUGAAUGGGACUGGUAGUACCGAUGAUCAGGCUAUUGUCUUGUACCAUUGGGAGCAAAUCAGUGGUCCUGGUGCUACAAGGAUUGAGAACAGUGACAAAGCAUUGGCUACAGUGACAGGGCUCCAGGGCGGGAGGUACCAGUUCAGACUGACAGUGACGGACCAACAUGGGCUCAGCAGCUCCAGCACAGUUACCGUCGCUGUCAGAGAAGAAACCAACAGUCCUCCGGUAUCCAAUGCUGGGGGGAAUCACAUCCUGGUGCUGCCUAACAGCUCCAUUGCUCUUGAUGGGUCUAAAUCCACAGAUGACCAGGGCAUCGAGUCUUACCUUUGGACCAGAGGUGGCCUGAGUCCAGCCGCAGGGGAUGUAAUGUAUGGAUCGGACCGAGAGGCAGUGCUCCAGUUGACCAACCUUGUGGAAGGCAAAUACAUCUUUUACCUGAAAGUCACAGAUGCGAAAGGAGAGUCGGACAUAGACAGCACCACUGUGGAAGUACGGCCCGAUCCCAGGGAGGAGGAGCUGGUGGAGCUGGUGCUGCAAGUUGGUAUUGGCAGCCUGAGCGAGAAGCAGAAAGACACACUGGUGCGGCAGCUCGCUGUGCUACUCGGGGUCCUGGAUUCAGACGUUAAGGUGCAGAAGAUACAGGCACACUCUGAUUCAAGUACAGUGUUGACAUUUUACGUGCAAGGCGGUGAACCGUACAGAGUGUAUAAGGGGGUGGAUGUGGUCAGGAGUCUACAGAAACGACUGAUGAGAGAGAAAGUGGACUUUCUACUCUUCAGACCUCUGAGAAUAGACACAGUUGUCUGUUUUCUGAAGUGCUCAGGGCAUGGAUACUGUGACCCCUUUAGCAAGCGCUGCAUUUGUUAUCCGUUCUGGAUGGAAAAUCUGAUGCGACGCUACUUUGAUAAUGGAGAAAGCAAUUGCGAGUGGAGUGUCCUGUAUGUUGUUUUGUCAGUGUUUCUAAUCAUCGUGACAUUGGGAGGAAUCUGCUGGACAUGUGUUUGUUGCUGCAGAAGGAAGCGAACCAAAGUGAGGAAGAAAAAUAGAUACACCAUCCUGGAUAACAUGGACGAUCAGGAGCGCAUGGCGCUGAGACCAAAAUACGGUCUGAAGCACAAAAGCACAGAACACAACUCGAGUCUGAUGAUCUCCGAGUCUGAGUUUGACAGCGACCAAAACACCCUCUUCAGCAGAGACACUGUGGAGAAGGGGGGUCAGAAAGCUGCCAACGGCUCACUCAAAAAUGGAGUCUCCUUCAGCUCUCAUCCCAAAAACAGGUAGAUCCCAGAGCAAAUGACUACCUGCAUUCCCAAUGAACUUAACCUUUCAGUACAAAACUUUACCCACAAUCAUCCACUACUUGGUUUAGCAAAAAAAAAGCCUUUUCACAACUUUAAGAGACUUUCCGAGGCUUAUAAAGAAACAGCCCAAGGAAGGGAGAGGAGCUUUGAGUUUCAUGCUCAACAUUGCUAUCCUGGCAGCAAAAGUAUCUGACAUGAACUGGCUUUUGGGGCAACAUAUCUUCUAAAUGUGCUUUCAGCUUCCUGUAGAUCUAGAAUGACUAGACUUUAUUAUUAAACUUGGUCAAAGAAGGGAUAACUGGGUCACUGUUGAGAGAAGCCUGCAGCCACACAACCCAGUAUAUGCAGAAUUUUCUGCAGGUGAUUCAUUGCUCUCCAAAUGUGCAGGGCGGCUCAAAUUGUUACACUGGACACGGCUUUACAAUGUGCGACUCGGGAUGUGUCUAAAAAGCUUCAGCAGAGUUUGGAGGGAUAUUCUGAAGUGCUUUUUAACUGUAAAGAUUAAGUCAGCUGCAAUAAUAAACAAUCAUUCGAAUCUCAAAAGAGAAAAAUAACUGUACAGCAAGGAAAAAACACAAUUAUUCAUGUAAUAGUGUACAGGUUAGCCGCAAUGUUUGUCUUUCACUGUGCUUUUAAUGCAAAGAUCAGUACAACGUAGAGACGUGGCUUCUUGUACGAUUGGUUUGUGGAAACUUUGUUUUUCCUGUAUACACUGAUUAAAAACCAAGGGUUUGAUGGA